AUGGGUUCAAAAUAUAGUUCAACGUUUGAUGAAAGUAAACCACCAAUUCCUGAAGUGAACUUUUGUAUAAAUGGUAAAAAAUAUACAAUUUGCCCAGACGGGAUUAAAAUUUCGGCUACGACUUCUUUGAACACAUUUAUAAGAAAUGUAGCUGAACUGAAAGGUACCAAAAUUAUGUGUUCAGAAGGUGGUUGUGGUAGUUGUAUUGUAGCCGCUCAAUUUAUACACCCACUGACUCAACGAGAGGUUUUGAUUGCUGUAAAUUCUGUACGUAUUAAACUGGAAUAUUUUAUGGCAAAAAUUCUAAACCGAAAAUUAUUUCAGUGUUUGGUAUCUGUUUUAAGUUGUCAAGGAUGGUCAAUAACAACAAUUGAAGGCAUUGGGAAUAAUAAAAAAGGUUACAACAAACUACAAAAACGUCUUGCUGAAUUUAAUGGAAGUCAGUGUGGAUUUUGUUCACCUGGCAUGAUUAUGAAUAUGUACUGUUUACAAAAAAAUCAAAAGAAUCUCACACAAAAAGACAUUGAAAAUUCAUUUGGUGGUAAUAUCUGUCGAUGUACUGGUUAUAGAUCGAUUUCAGAAGCUUUCAAGAGUUUUGCGAAUGACGCCGAUCCAACACUUAAAGCAAAAUGUACGGAUAUUGAAAAUAUAAAUGAAUGUUUUCAGCGGCAUAGUUUAUGUGAUGGGUGUGAACUAAUAGACAAAUCCCAAAAAUACCUUGUUAUCAAUUUAGGAAUUGAAAAAUGGUUUAAAGUUUAUACUAUUUUGGAAUUAGUACAAAUUAUAAGUGUCAUUAAAAAUAUGAAAUAUAUGCUUGUGGCUGGAAACACAGCACAUGGUGUUUACCGACGAGAUCCUGAUAUUAAAGUUUACGUAGAUGUAAACCAUAUAGCGGAGUUACAUGACAUUCAGAUCAAUAAAAAUGUAGUUGUUGGAGCCAAUACCACAAUUUCUGAUGCCAUUAAAUUGUUCAAUGGUAUCUAA